AUGGUCGGACCACAACCGGUUUUUCCGGGAGGCUCUGUCAUGGCACAUCAACGUGGUCCUCAUGAUCCAUCAAUCGUGAAUGAGCCGUACUAUCACGGUAAGUCCCACCUAGGAUACAGAUUCAACGACUUUAGGGACCUUAGGGGUCAUCCGUGCUGAUUAUCGUGGAUAUUUCUAAUUUUUAAAGCCGAAAGUUUGAUGUCUCGCCCGUAGCUUGUCUCCUAACGCCUUGACAGUUAGUUUCGCCCCUAUAAAUCCCAAACGACUUUUUAUUUUUAGGCCUUUUGCCCCGAGAAGACAUUCGGAUGAUGUUGCACAACAAUGGCGACUUUCUCAUCCGAACUUCCGAGCCCAAUGCCAAAGACGGAGUCCGCUCCUACAUCCUCUCGGUUAUGGUCUACCAGGACAAAGAGGAGAGUGGUGUAAGUCCCCCUAUUAACUAGACCAACUUGUGACACUAUCUUUGCCUAUCUCUCCCUUCGACUUCCAGAUCAAACAUUACGUCAUCCAGAACUCGAGCAACCGUUGGACAAUCGAGAAAUAUGGCUUUGAUAGCAUCAAGGCAAUGGUCGAAUAUCACGUGCACAGAGUCGAGUCCAUCUCCAAGAGCAUCCCGGAGGUUAUUUUGAGGACUCCGAUUGGUCGGCAGGCCUGGGAACUGAGCCAUAGUGACAUUACUUUAACAAAGAAGCUGGGAGAAGGCGCCUUUGGAGAGGUCCGUAAAGGCACGCUGAAGCUGAAAGGAGGGGGUAUAGCCAAUGUGGCCGUUAAAUUGGCCAAAUUGGACAACCUGACCAAGGAGCAGAUCAAGGAGAUCAUGCAAGAGGUAAGAAACGAAAACAUUUUGAUGUGAAUUGGGGUCUCCGAGUAGAAAAAUUCUUGAAUUUUCAUUACUUUUUGUGACCUCUAACGUCAUCGAAUUUUAGGCUCGACUCAUGCGGAACUUUGAUCAUAUAAAUAUCGUCAAGUUCUACGGAGUCGCCGCAGGCCAAGAACCACUGAUGGUGCUGAUGGAGCUGGUCGACUGCGGAGCAUUGGACUCGUAUCUCCAGAAAGGGGAACAACCCCCGGCCCGGAAGGCGAUCAUGUGUGUUCAGGCCUCAUUUGGCAUCGAAUAUCUGCAUGUCAAGAAUGUGAUUCAUCGUGAUAUUGCCGCUAGAAAUUGUUUAUACGGAGAUGGUCAAGUCAAGAUUAGCGAUUUUGGCCUGAGUGUAGAGGGGACGGUAUAUCAAAUGGAUCCACAUCGAAGAGUACCGAUUAGAUGGUAAGUCUCUACAUAUAAUAGUAAAUAUAAUAUAGGAAAAUUAUGGGGAAAUAUGUUUGUAGAUGAUGUUUGAUGAAAAUAGAGGGUGUAGAGGGUUUUAGAGCAAUUUUAAAGUUAACAUGCAACUUUAAGGCUGGCUCCAGAGACCCUUCAGACCUUCAUUUACACCCAGAAGACUGAUGUCUGGGCCUUUGGAAUCUUGUGUUGGGAGAUCUUCUCCAAUGGCCAAGAACCCUAUCCAGGUCUGAGUCCAGCCGAAACCUUCCAGAAAGUAAGUUUUUACCAUUUUUAAUGCAUUUUGAAGUAUUAUAAUUUAUCGCCAUUUACGCUAGCUUUGUAAGGUUUAGUCUUGUUUUUGGGUUUUGAUGAAAAAUAAUUACCGAUUUUUCAUUUUCAACCUUUCUUCUGGUAUGUUACUCUUUUUUCUUUAGGUUAAGGAGGGUUACCGUAUGUUCAUGCCCGCCGACACCCCACCCGAUCUGGCCGAGCUCAUAACGAAGAGGACCUGGGCCGAAAGCCCGAAUGAUCGCUACAGUAUGGCCGAAAUCGCUCACAAGCUGGAGCUCAUGUUCAGAGUGCCCCGCCCUGGCACUGCGCCGCCUCCACCACCUCCUCCACCACCACCUCCACCUCCUCCACCAGCUCCAACAGGACAUGGACCUCAAAGCAGAGUCCCGAGAUCCAAAUACAAAAAACGCACGUGA